AUGGGUUCCGUUGUCCACGCAACGACUUCUACCCAUCCAUCCCUGCUGUAUGCUCCCAUUAGUAACAAUAGUAGCGAGAGCGAUUCAGGCGAGCACGACGUUGAAACUGCAACGCAAAAGCCAAAGACUACCAAGCUGGCUCCAACUACAGUCACUACCACUACUUCUACUAUUCUCGGAACGGCUGCAUCAGCACAAUCAAAAGGACACUUGGAGGAUUAUUCUAAUCCUGCGACCGUGGCGCCAGAAGAGGAAAUAAAGAAUACAACUGGCUUACAAACGUUUGAAGGAAAGUCCACAUCGUCGUCUUCUUCAAAAAGGGGUCGAAAGCCGAAGGCAAGGCCUCCAUCACAGUUGGGAGGCUCGCUUCCGAAGUUGUCCAAGAAGGCGAAAUUACCAAAAUUAACAGCAUUUCAUUUGUCGCCUGAACAACUGAAGCAUCCACUCUUUCUUGCCAUUGCACGAGUCUUAGUUGCUCGUGGGAACCAUUGGCAGAGUGCGACCGAUUUAGUUGAAGGUAUACGAUAUUAUAAGCUUGCUAGUCUCGGUGGUCAAACACCACGGGGCACAGUCCAAGGCGCCAUCUCCACAGCUUUGACCACCGCCCAUAAUCUAGGCACAUUUGAGCCGAUCGAGAAGAAAAAAAUGAGCAGCACUACCUAUUAUCGGAUGGCACCCAGUGCAUUAGAUCCCUCACUUCAUCUGAACGGCAAUGACUCGGAUGCAACCGAGUCAGAUUCUAAUAACUCACCACCACCAGUACCUCUAUCAAAAAAACCAAGAAAGAUAAAAACUGAAGUUACAUCCAGAUCUAGAUCAAGUUCCAAAAUGACAACAGUGACCUCAACAUCGAAUGCAAAACGGAAAACAAAGGAACCCACCAGCAAUGAGACGAGCCAGGGAACAAGUAGAAAUAAUAAGAGGAAAUCAGUUUCUGGAUGGUCAGAUACCUUGAGCUCGGAUAGCUCGGAGGAUGAUACCCGACCUUAUACCUCUAGAAGUCGUUCGAAUUCCAAAAAUCACCAUAAUAACCACAAACAGUCCCUUGCUAGCUCAAAGCGGACGAGAACAGGAUCACCCAAUAUAACCACAUCCUCCCGGUCAAAAGCACCUGAACGGAAGAACUCUAUUCCUAAUGGACUUAAGAAGUUACCAAAAGGAUAUGUAUAUGAUACCGAAAUUAAUCAAGCGGCUCUGAUGAAACUCUCUAUCAACCCCUCACAGACCGGAGAAUACAUGCGACAUCUCAAGGGGAAAAACGCACAAGAAAACAAUUUCCCUGAUCGGCGAGGCGAAUUUGGUGUUGAUCUCACACAGGAGCCCUCUACAUUUGCGAUAGAGCAGCAAACGGGAUACACAUACCCGCGACUUCGAAAUAGUGGUAGAGAACGCCUACCUAAGGGCGAUUGUGAGGAUGGUUACGCAAUUGCAGAUUUGAAGCAUAAGGGAGGGGGAUUUCUAGGACGACUGUUCUGUAUCACAGAUGGCCACGGCGGCCGAGCCUGCUCCUCAUUUGUAGUUGCAACAAUACCAGGGGCUUUGCAGGUCAUUUUUGGGAAAUAUAAGCCUACAGACCUCUCUCAGCCAUCAGUACAGGAGCUAAUCAAGAACCAGAUCACAGAGGCUAUUCGCUUGAUCGAUAAGGAGUACCUUGAAUACAAGAAGCAGCAGUACCUGCGUUUUAAAGCGAAGCAAAUUAUAAAUGACCCGGGAAGUGAUGGUACAACGUUGAUUGUCAAUAUUUUUAUCGAUAAGUGGCUCAUUUGUUUAAACCUGGGUGAUUCAAGGACUAUGAUGGGUAGUCGGGAUUCUGUAGGCCGUUGGAAUGUGGAUUUUUAUAGUGAAGACCAUACGCCAUCAUUAGAGAGACUUGCACAAACAAUCUAUGCUAAUGGUGGAGAGUUUGUGACACAUGACGAUAAGAUCAUCAAGUUUGAUCCGAAUUUAAAGAACGACAAGAAGCAUCGCCAGUCACUGAAGGAAGCCAGAAUUCGUGUCAAGGAUGGCGAGUCAAAUCAGUACGGUAUCCCAUUCCGGACAAAGAAUGGACAUUGCGCCUCUGUUAACCUUGGCGCCUGCAUUGGAGAUGUUCUUUAUAAGCUUGAUCCUGUUAACCCAGUGCUGAGUUGCAAGCCUGAUAUAACGUUCAUUGACAUCACUGAUAUUCAGCAGGGAUUUCUCCUCAUGGCUUCGGAUGGACUCUGGGAUUAUGUUCAGCGUGGUGGGAAGGUGCAGGACCAGAACGCCACUGUUUGUCAAUUUGUGGGCGAUAAAAUUGAUCGAGGCUGGAAUCACCAGCGAAUAGUUUAUACUUUGUCGGAUCGCGAGAAUGCCACAGGGCUAUACUCAGAAUCCAUACAGGAGUAUGAUGAUUUUACAGCAAUCCUCGUGACCUUUAGUAAACAACAGUUGAUAUAUCAGCAGAGGAAGUAUCAGGAAGAAGAGGAUCAAGAGCUGAUGCUUCAGAAGCAGCGGAUACAAGAGAAGCAGAUCCUAUUGAUGCAUCAGCAGCAGUUAAAACAACGAGAGAUCGAGAGACAGCAACAGCUUCAGCAAUUGAAGAUUCAAACGGAGAAAGCAGAGCUCGAACAGCUGCGCCGGGAGCAGGAACUCUUGCGCAAGGCAAAGAAAGCUCAGGGAGAGACAGAUUCGGACUCAGAUAUGAUGGGACAUGAGCAUGAGCGUGAGCAUGAGCAUGAGCAUGAGCAUGAGCAUGGAGCUAAGUCUGAGGCAUGUUCGAACGAGAUUGUAUCAAAAAUAUCAAAAAAAACUAAAAAACCUUCUGAUUCUGUCUACAAUCCAACAUGCGCCACACCGCCCGAGCCACCCAUGUCUGAAGCUGUCGCAGCUAAGCAAAAGGAAGUGCUGGAGACAAGUCUUCAGAUCGUUCAAUCUCUCGCCUCCUCCAGCGAAGUAUAA